CAAAAACCGUGAUCAAAAAAAUAAUAAAAUAAAUAAAAAGGAGCAGUUACACACCCAAACCCAACACCGCCAUCACCACCACCCACACGAGCGGUUCUCGAUUUGCAUGAACACACGCAUAUAUAUACAAUCUAUACAUAUAUAUUUACACACACAUAUACUCCUCUCAAAAACCCUGUUUCUUCCUCUUCAUCGUUUCAAUUUAUCACUCCAUUUCCGAUAAAUAACUCUCUCUCCAUCUCUCCAUUUCUUGCGAUGGAGCGCAACAUCUACUACCACCCUUGGCAAAUCGGCGAAGCAGAGAAGCUGAAAAAGGAAAUUCCCCAAUUCGAAGAAAUGGCGCGAAAAUCGAAGGUGUGUGCGAGGGGGCAUUGGAGGCCGCACGAAGACGCCAGGCUGAGAGAAGUGGUCGCCCAAUUCGGCCCCCAAAACUGGAACCUCAUCGCUGAGAAACUCGACGGUAGAUCAGGGAAAAGCUGCAGAUUGAGAUGGUUCAACCAGUUGGAUUCGAGAAUCAACCGCAGGGCUUUCAGCGAGGAGGAGGAGGAGAGGCUGCUGGCAGCGCACACAAUGUACGGAAACAAAUGGGCGAUGAUUGCUAGGUUGUUUCCUGGCAGAACAGACAACGCAGUGAAGAACCAUUGGCAUGUGAUCAUGGCCAGGAAACACAGGGAACACAACAGUGUUUACAGGAGGAGGAAACCCUCUUCCCCAAAUCCCCAAAUCCCUACUCAUUCCUCUGCUAAACCCUCCCAUUUCUUCACCAAUCUUCUAAAUGGGGGUGCAAAUGUGGAUCAUCAAUCGGAUUCCAACUCUGAAGUUUCUGCAUCUGAAUCAGCAGCCAACAAUAGGGCCAAUGUUUAUUGGUGUGGGGAAGAUGAGAAUGGGAAGUAUGACAAGGGAAACAUAGCAUUCAUUGAUUUUCUUGGAGUGGGGGCCACAUGAGAAAGAGAAGGUGUGUUGGUGUUUCCAAUUUCCAUGAUUUCUUAUUUUUUGAGGCCAUAUUUAUUAGUGUUUCUUGUUUUGGAAGGCUGGUUAGGAUCCUAGUUUUUAUUACAGACAGAGUGAUGAGAAAUUAGAAGGAAGAAUAGAAGCCAAAAACUAAUGAAACAAGAGUGGUCAUGUCAUGGGAGUCUAGUUAGACCUGGUAAACGUAAACUGCUCAAAAAUGUGGGGCAUUUAUUGCACCUCUGUUUGGUUGCAUUGCAAAAGAGAGAAACCAACAAAAAUAGGUGGGAUUUGCAGCAGGUAAAAAAAUAUGAGGUCCCUUCACUCCAUGUACGUAUUGUAAAUCCCGUAAAUGGUAAAAAGGGAAGAUUUUUACUGCUGUAAACUCAUUCUAUUGUACUCCACCAGCUUGGUUUUUGUAAAUGUGUUGGCUGCAACUGCAAGAAAACCAAAAGGGCUCUCUUGAUUUGCAUUUGUACCGUUUAUGUGUGUGUGUGUGUGUUUUAACUGAGGCUGGAUGGUCAGUGUAUCAGACUAUUUUCAUGACUUUUCAAUAUUGUGUCUGCUGGCCUUUGUUGACUGUGACUAUGGGAAUAUAUGGCUUUAAUCCAUCUUUUUCUGGGUGGUUUGUUGAAUA